AUGUUGUCAAAAGUUCUACUUUUAUUGUUUGCGACAGCGUUUGUGCUCACAGUUUGUGAGCCCAUUGCUAACCCGGACCCUGAGCCGGAACCAGCAGCUUUGGCUGAAGCUGAACCUGAAGCCGAGGCCGAACCCAUAGCCUUGCCAGACCCAUUCGCGUAUGCGAAUGCGCUAAAAUCCGGAAGCAGUGGGAGUGGAUCAGGUGGCUUGGGAAAUUCAUUCAAAUCGGCCAAACGAAGCAGAGCAAGCAGCCUUCAAAAGAACAAACGUAUUAAAGUUAUUGUUACGAAAUCCAGAGGCUCAUCGUCGUCAUGCAAAUCAUGUAAAAAGCCGAAGAAGUGUGGGUCAAAGAAAUGCAAACGCAAAAAGAAGAGCAAGAGCAAGAACAAGAAACGUAAGAACAAGAAACUUAAGAACGAGAAACGUAAGAACGAGAAACGUAAGAACGAGGAAUGUAAGAACGAGGAAUGUAAGAACGAGGAACGUAAGAACGAGAAACGUAAGAACGAGAAACGUAAGAACGAGAAACGUAAGAACGAGAAACGCAAGGGCAAAAACCGCAACGGCAAAAAACGAAGAAGUCGAGGAGGAUGCAAGGGCAAAAAAUGUUUC